AUGUCCCCCCCCGCCCAGCCGGGGGUGCCGGGCGGGCGCGGCUCUAAGGGGCCCCCGGCGCGGAAGCUGCUCUGCAUGUGCAGCCUCUCCCUGUGCCUCACCUACCUGUGCUACAGCCUGAUGGGGGGCACCGGCCCGGCCGCCCUGCGCUCCCCCGCCGCGCUCCCCGCCUCGGCGGCCCCCGGGGCCCCCCGCUCCCCCACCGCCUUCCCCGCCACGGCGGCCCCGCGCUCCGCCGGCGCCCCGGGCCCCUCGGCCGCUCCGCCGCGGGCCUCCAACGGCAGCCGGGAAGGGGCGGCGGACACCUGGCUGCGGGCGCAGCUGGCCCCCGGGGAGGUGAUCGCGGCGCAGAGCGGAGCCUUCGAGAGGGACCCGCAGGAGUCGAGCACCACGGACGAGGAGCUGAGCCGGGCCGGCAGCCCGGGCAGCCGCGGCGGCGGCAGCAGCACCACGCCGGACUACGGGGAGAAGCGGCUGCCGCAAGCCCUCAUCAUCGGGGUGAAGAAGGGGGGGACGCGGGCGCUGCUGGAGGCCAUCCGGGCGCACCCCGACGUGCGGGCCGUGGGCACCGAGCCCCACUUCUUCGACAGGAACUACGAGAAGGGGCUGGAGUGGUACAGGAACGUGAUGCCCAAGACGCUGGAGGGCCAGAUCACCAUGGAGAAGACGCCCAGCUACUUUGUGACCAACGAGGCCCCGCGGCGCAUCCACUCCAUGGCCAAGGACGCCAAGCUGAUCGUGGUGGUGCGCGACCCCGUCACCCGCGCCAUCUCGGACUACACACAGACCCUCUCCAAAAAGCCAGAGAUCCCCACCUUCGAGGUGCUGGCCUUCAAGAACAGGACCCUGGGGCUGAUUGAUGCCUCCUGGAGCGCUAUCCGCAUUGGGAUUUAUGCCCUGCACUUGGAAAACUGGCUCCAGUAUUUCCCCCUCUCCCAGAUCCUGUUUGUCAGUGGUGAGAGGCUCAUCACUGACCCAGCUGGGGAAAUGGCCAAGGUCCAGGACUUCUUAGGCCUCAAGAGGAUUGUGACAGAGAAGCAUUUUUAUUUUAAUAAGACGAAGGGGUUUCCCUGUCUAAAGAAGCCAGAGGACAGCAGUGCUCCCCGGUGUUUGGGCAAGUCCAAGGGUCGAACUCACCCCAAAAUAGACCCAGAUGUUAUCCACAGACUGCGGAAGUUUUACAAACCCUUCAAUGUCAUGUUUUACCAAAUGACAGGCCAAGAUUUCCAGUGGGAGCAGGAAGAAAGUGAUAAGUAGAACCACAAAAUCAGGAAAAAAAAUUUUUUUGUUUUUGGGAUGUGAAUCAUCAUUUGAGACCCAAAACUCUCUUGGGGCCAGAGGCUCAUCCCUGUGCGUAACAGGCUCUCGUGCUGCCAGGGCUGCAGCAGAAGUGGCCCCAGGUGUGCAGUUGGAACUGUUGUGUCACCUCGGGCUGCACUGGGCUCUCCCCAGCGCAGCACUGGGGCCGGGGCAGGUGGGAGGAGGAGGAGGAGGAGGCAGGGGGAGCGCGGCUGCUCAGGUGAGGGGCACUCUGUGCCAGCGUGUCGCUGCUGGUGUCCCCCUGCAGCCAGGCAGGCAGGUCCAGACCUCCUGCCCAGCAAGAGGGUGGCUCCCAAAACCCAGCGCUGGGACAAACCCAGAGAUUUGAUUUCUCCUGCCCUGCAUUUUAGUUUUGCCCAAACAGCAGCAUCAGAUCUGGUAAAUUCAGGCCUUGUGCACUCACAUGCACACUGGUCUUCAUGUGUGGAAGGAAUAAAGCCAGUUAUGCUGCAAAGGAACUAUGUACAGGAACUUCAUUUGCACCAAACGUUUCAAUUACUUCUUGCACUAAAACUAGAAUUUACCAAGUGCCACAGACACCUGGUCUCAAUUCUCCUCUGACUGAUGGGUGCACCUCCACUGUUGGAAGAGAGUUGUUCCUUUUUGCUGAGAUGCUCAGUGAGAUCAGAACUGGGAUCUCCCCAGGUCUCCAUCCUGCUGGGGGCUGAACGAGCACUCCAGGCUCCCAGAGUGAGCCAGGCUCCCACUGCCCAGCCAGGCUGCCAAGGCACAGUGUGGUGCCCGGAGUGGUGCCCACGCAGCUCCCCCUGGCCAGGCUGUGCCCUGCCCUGCUCCCUGCCCCAUGGCUUGGAGCCAUGUGGGGACCGAGGGGCAGGAGGGCUGGGACAGCCUGGCACGGGCUCUGACAGGCAGCACCCCUGGCACUGCCAUUUGUUUGCACCUUGAAAAUGCAAUCCCUGCUGCUUGCUGCGGACAGCUGGGGUGGCAGAACAGGGAAGCAGCCUUCACCUGACUUCAGAAUUACAAAAGAGCAAUCGAUUCCCAGGGCAAGCACCGCUCAGCGCAUAAAACAUGUGCUUUCUAGUGGAAAUGACCAAGUCACCCAAAUUUGCAAAUCCUGGUAGAAAUUAUAGACUAAAUGUCUAUUCCCACUCGAUCCCCCAGUGUCAUAAGAGCUGUUUGCUGGGCCCAGCAGAGAGGAGCAGAGCUUUCACACAAGUGCACAGCUCCACCUCCACUGCUGCAGAAACCAGGCAGAGGGGGAGCAGAGGUGAAGCAGAGCUGCUGAAAUGGUCCCUUGUGUGGUGAUUUCUCAGGGCACUCAGGCACUGCUGGCAGCUCUCUGUGCUCUGAUGAGGGCUAAGGCUGCCUGCAGCUCGGGUACAGCCCCAUGAGAGCCCCCUCACACUGGGCAGAGGUGCAGGAAGGGGCUGCUGCAGGAGGACCAGGACCCAGUUCUGGUUCAGGUGAAAGAACUCCCUAGAACUCCAGCUCAGCAGAGGAAAUCACUGCUGCAUUCACUGGGUGAGAAGCUGACCCUGCUCAGGGUUCCAGGGCCUGUCUGUGGCUCACCAUGCCAUGGAAUGGUGCCGGUGCCUUGGACUGCACGAGAAGAGCUGAAGCCAUUUGCACCAUUCACCACAUGGCCCGUGCUGAGGGACACUGCGAGGUCCCUGCUGCCACCCGCCAGUUCCCAUCAGCCUGGGCAGAUGUAAGAACAGCUCCUGACAUAGCGCAGUUUUCACUAACCCACAAACUCCCAAAUUACUACAGGAAAAUUGGAAGUAUAUAAUAAGAAUAAUCUUAUGAUGUUUCACACAUUAUUCAAAUAUCAGAACAGGUCCUACAUGAAACCUGUGGUUGCGGGAUUUGGUGCAAGAUGCUGAAUGGAGGCCAAGGGGCUCCAGGCCCAGUGUGCCCCUCAGCAGAGGAUGUCUGGGAGUCUCUGCCUGUCCCUGCAGCCCAGCCUGGAGCAGGGCUGGGCAUGGCGCUGGCCCUGGCUCUGGCUGCCUGGCACAGGGGCCCAGCUCGGGGCUGGGGGCCCCUGGCCGGGCUGGGGACCCUGUGCCCCUCCUCACUGCUGCCCCCACACUCCCUGCUGUCAUUUCUGCCAUAUAUUCAGAGUUUAUUUUUUAUACCCGACGCCAUCUCCAGCUGGGCAGGAGCUGACGGGCGCCCAUGGGAGAGGAGAGCCCGCUCCUGUGCCCUGGGUGCUCCUGUGCCCUGGGUGCUCCUGUGCCCUGGUGCCUGCUCCAUGGGCACGCAGCGUGCUGGGACAGCGCAGCGCAGCCGCCAGCCCUGUCCCAGGUGCAGCUGUGGUGCUGCCACUGCUGCGGUGCUGCAGGGAGCAGGGCCAUGCCAGCACCCUGCGCUGGGGCACGGGCGCUGGGCUGGGCUGGGGGUGGCGUUAUUUUGCUUUGCUCUUCGGAAAUGCGCCCCAUGCAUGCCCCACUGCAGCUGGGGCUGGAUGGGGGGGAUUAUUUUCUAUCUGGCCAGAGAGAGGCCUGCCAAAUGAGAGUCAGGUUAAUAACACUUUUUUUAAAAAAAACUAUUCAAAUGUCAGCAUUAGAAUACCCAGGAAAUUGAAUUUUGUAUUUGGUUUCAAUUAGCAAAGCAUAAAUUAUAUUUAAUUUUAUACACAGACUGAGUGAUUCAUUGUUCUGGAAAAGCUGGUACUUUCUGGUUCAGAGACUGGAAAUGGAGAGUGGGUCUGUUCUGAAUCUUGUUGCUGUGCUGUCACUGCCUCCCCAGUGCGUCUCUGUCCGUCAGUGUCUCUGUACCUGAGCGAUGUGACUGUCCUGAACUGAACCCUGGAACCCCCAGCACUAAACAAUAAAUCAUUGUAGCAGCUGCA